UCAGAAGCUCCUGGAGACGGACGUGAACGCUUCGCUCUGUGGAUGAACGCUUUGUCUGUGUCCUGUAUGAGAGAGGAGUGCGAAUUCCCCGGGACGGGCUACUGGCUUUGACAGUAGCAUCAGAGGAGUCGGGAAGAUUUACAGGUGUCCUGGAGACAUUUUUGCACCAUGCAGGAGGCAGUUGAUGCCACUGUGCCGGCUUUAGGUCUGACCAUGGGGACCGGAGAGUUCACCGAGCAGCAGAUGGGACUCGCCGACAAGAUCCCGUUAGUGAAGCCCUACUUCAAAAAGAAACACGCACAGAGAAAACUGGAUACAAAGUGCUUACGUGCUUUAGAGGACCCUAUUUUGAGUACGUUAUUAAACUCGGACGCUCUCGUGUCAGUGGACGGAGUGUUUGUUUCACGUAACCCGGCUCGACCUCAGCGGAAUAUAUGCACCGCCGCCGUGGAGAAGCAGUCGAGGAUUAGUCAGGUGUGCCUGAAAGAGGAGGAUGAGGAGGAGACCACGGACCCUGUUGUGGCCGGGAGCGAGCUCGCGGGGGAACAGAAGGUGACGGAUAUUCAGCGGGUGUCAAUAGACACUAAUGAGCGUCGCUUCCAGCCCCAGGAGCGCGACGAGGCGGCGCCCUCCUCCGACGUUUCGGCCUCGAAGUUAAAUGACAUCUACACCACUGAGACUUUGCAGGGUGCAGAUUGCCUCGCCAUCAAAGAGGGCGAGAUCUUUCAGGAUAAAAGCGAGGAGGCCUCUUUGGAUCUAGUGUUUGAACUCCUGACCCAGCUCCAGUAUCACACGCAUCAAGCGGACGCUGUAUCGAUCUGUGUGGAUUUCCUCCAGGGCGUUUGCGUCUAUGGCAGUGACUGUGCCCAGCAUCACACCGUUUUACCUUACCACUGGCAAAUCCACAGAGCAGAUACGCAGACCUGGCAGAGCAUAUCGGAUGACUCUCAAGAACAACUGGAAAGGCUUUAUUGCAACCCUGACAACGAACAUGUCAGACUUAAGUUUCUCGGUCGAGUGUUUACGUUGGACUUCAGUGCCAUGCGAGUUUGUGACCUGGAGUUUGACCUCGUCAGGCGUCUGUCCACGCCUUCCAGCUCCACAGCCACGCCCACAAACACAAGCCCCACCCCUGACUGCCUGACUGUGUGGAAGUACUACUGUAGAGAUAACUUUGGCUGGAGGGAAUAUUCAGAGCCGGUGGUUCGGUUGAUUGAGGAGGCUAGCGGCCGAGGACUAAAGGAGGUCCGUUUCAUCACGCUGCAGAAUCAGUACAUCCUGAACAUUCGCGAGGGCUUCCAGCAAAAUGCUGUUUUCGGUUUCCGCCGGCAGAUCAAAAAACGGCCGCUGUUCAGGUCUGCCAUCAUGCUCACGCCUUACCUCCAGACUCUAGGUGGCCUUUCCUCAGCAUUUCUCUCCUCCCUGGAAAGUUCUGGAAACCAGCCUCUCUCUCCAACGUCGAGCGGUCCUUCCAAAGUGUACCCUGAGACUUGGUUACCCAUGAACACCAGUCAGGACUUCCAGCAGGUGCCCGUCUCCCGGGAUGACCGCAGCUACCGGACCGUCUACAGCCUCUUCCACAAAACCGUCUCUGAGACCAAGUUCCACAUCCUGAAGAUCUUCCGUGUCCAAAACCCCUUCCUCUGGGAGAAGUACAAAAGGAAGAAAGAAUACAUGUCACGGCACAUGUCAGAAAUGGACUGCAUGCUGAACGAACGCCACCUCUUCCACGGCACGUCCCAGGAUGUGGUGGAGGGCAUCUGUAAGCACAACUUCGACCCACGUGUGUGCGGCAAGCAUGCCACCAUGUUCGGCCAAGGCAGCUACUUUGCACGCAAGGCUGUCUAUUCUCACAACUUCUCCAAGCGCUCACCCCGUGGUGUGCACUACAUGUUUCUGGCCAAAGUCUUGACGGGCAAGUUCACAGUGGGCAACCCUUCCAUGCGCCGACCACCUCCACUGAAUCCAAGAGACGCCUGCAGCGACUUAUUUGACUCCUGCGUGGACAACUGGAUGGACCCACAGAUCUUUGUCAUCUUCAGCGAUGAUCAGAGUUAUCCUUACUUCAUCAUUCAGUAUGAAGAGGUGAGCAAUACAGUGGCUAUUUGAAGAUCACUGCACAUCUGGAUUCCUGCACAAGAGACCUGUGCGCACAUUUGGCCAGUUUGAAAAAAGACUGGAUUAGUUGUGUGCCAGCAAUCCGAAAGGUACUCAUGGACCAUAUGGGAUAUGUUCGGAUAUGGUUCCCACCCUCAAUCAUGUGUGAGGGUUUCUGUGUGACCUUUCAGUGCCCGUCUUCUCGUGAAUACAAAUGGGGAUUGUGUGUAUGUGUGUGUGGCGUCCCUCCUCUGUGCUGGACAGUUUAGUGUGUGAAUCAUGUGUGUGGAUGAGCGUCUCUGCUGUGGCUUCCAUGACCAUGGAUUGGAACCCACAUUAGUAAGAGGCACGUCAAUGGCUUGCCACUCGGACUCGAGGCUGUUGCUGCAGCUUCACAUUCUUAGUAUUUUUUUCCCAAAAACUCACCGUUUCCAUUGCUGCCAUUCGUGUUCCAUACUUGCUAUUUGUUCGAAGUUGUAAAUAUGUUCUCCUCGUUUAUAAUUGAACUGUGUGCCUUUUGUUCAUAAAUUGUUUAUUUAUGUUAGUCAAUGUAACAAAUAAAUAAAAACAAUUUAAAGAG